GGAAAGUUUGCUGACUACAGUCUCAAGAAGUUGGACGACUUCUUGACCGAUAAAAGGGCCAUCAGGAAUUAUUUGCAGCAAGUGUUAAGACUGACAACUAACAACAAAUUAAUUUCCUUAUCAACAUGAACAUCCGAAUCCGUCUCACCAGCAUCUUGCUUAAAAAUGUUAAGUUUUGUUUCUUUUCGUAGUUGUCCUGAGUGCCUUGUAGAAGAAUGUUUCAUCCGUUGCUCUUGUGUAUAAGCUUUAACUGAGCUCUAAUUUGGUUGAUGUUCUGUGUCGAUAAAGUUUGUAUUCUCGUCUUCGCUGUGGCAGGGUCAAGGUGCAUGUUGGCCAUGACUACAGCUGCUACUUGAACAUAAGAAGUCCCGUCAUCAAUAUCCAUCCUUUCGACAGCCAACGACGUUAAUAUUGUCUUGGUUUUUCGAGUAAAUAGCUGUAAAACAGGGCAGACACACUAGAAGCUGGCAGAAGUCAGGAAAUGCCAAGCAUUGUGUAUUCUAGAUUCAAUGCUCUCAGAAGUAGUUUCAAUGCUCCUCACUAGAAGCACCUCCUACAGAAUGCCUGAAUAUCACUUUUCUACGAAAUUAAUAAGUAAUAACCUGAGCUGCAUUGCCGGGUCCGUCGACUAAUAUGCCCGUGGGGCUUACUUUGGCUCUAGCUUUUCUACAGCGGUGGCCGUUGUGCUUCAUCGUUUGCGUAAUCGUAGCGCCUGGCCGUUGUGCUUCAGGCUUCCCGCGAGGUACUACCCAAAUGGAACUAUCGCGGGUAACUACUGUAGACCCAGGCCCCAAAAAAAAAGGCCCGAACCGCGAACGUGAACGAAUGAAUUAGCAUUAUCUUACUACAACAUAGAAGCAAACGUUUUAGAGAUCCAUCUAAUUCUGUCGCCGGAGUGGAGGUAUUAUGUUUACGGAGACGAUGAACUGGUGCCUAGGGCGGAAUGGCAUCGAAUCUUUCGCGAG